AUGGAAAUCCUACACUCUGACUUCCAACUUGACAGCGGUACAUUGGUCACCCCUGAGCAAGGUGAAACACCUGGUAGCUCUCCCCGAGACCUAGAAAUUCCGGUGGAAGUGGACGAAAUCGAAGGGGAGAACGGAAGAAACAGUAGAGAGGAGGAUGAACGGUCGAAUGUAGAGGUUGACAACGAGGAGACUGUUGAUGUUGAAGUAGCUUCCGAAGCACCUACUGAAAAUGUAGAGGAAAGGAUGAGAGCAGAUGGCUUAGGAGAUAAAAAGAGCGGGAUCAUGAGAAUGCUACAAGAGGAGUUAAGUAAAAAGGUCAUUGAAGACCCGAUAAGCCUCCGAUUUUAUGAUAGAAAAAGUUUGAAAACUGCAACAGCCAAAGUAUACAGAACAGUACGUUAUCUUGAUCUUCAAGAUCCCCUACAGAGCAAUAGGAUACUCAAAGCAUCUACAUGUGUAGUAAUGAGGCUACUUGGUAUAGUAAAGAAACAACUAAAGAAAACGCAAGAACCUUGGUGGAAGAAACGUUUGAAUGGGCAAAUCAGAACUCUUAGACAGGACCUCAGUAAAUUAGAAAGCUUGAAGAACAACAUGCUCAAGAACGACAACACUAAGGAUCGGCUUUAUGAGAAAAAAAAACUCUUUGAGAAGUUGGAAGGAAUUGAGAUAGGAGAAGAUGCGAUUCCCGAUGCUGAGGCAAGUAUAUGGGAAAAAGAUGUCUCACAUAAUGAAAGGGCAGAAUGGAAAAGGAGUGUUGAGAAAGAGGUUCAGCAGAAUAUUGAGAGGCAAGACGAGCUUUCCAUAACACUGGAGAUGUUAAGAAAACAAGCAAGCAAGCUUUCCAACUGGAAGGCACCAGGGCCAGAUGGUGUGCAAGGGUACUGGAUUAAAAACGUCAAAUCCAUCCACCCUAUGCUUACAGCCAUGUUUAAUGACUCCCUCAUAUCAGGAAUAGUCCCAGAGUGGCUUACAAAAGGACGAACAGUCCUCAGUAUGAAGGACAAAACUAGGGGAAUCGAGGUCACCAACUACAGGCCAAUUACCUGUCUGUUCCUAAUGUGGAAGCUUUUCAUCAGCAUUAUCUCGGAGAAAAUUUAUUCCCACCUUGACAGCAACGGCCUCUUACCAGAAGAACAAAAGGGUUGUCGAAAAAAAUCACGAGGCACAAAGGACCAGCUGUUAAUAGACAAAGCCAUAAUAAAGAACUGUAAGAGAAGGAAGAUCGACCUUGCAAUGGGUUGGAUAGACUAUAAAAAGGCUUUUGAUAUGAUACCCCAAUCCUGGAUCUUAAGAUGUCUCGAAAUGCUCGAGGUGGCGGACAACAUCAGAAGCCUUUUAGGAAAUAGUAUGAAAAACUGGGAGACCGAACUGACAUCUGGUAAAUGCAGGGUACCAGUUCCAAACAUCGGCCCUAUAGUCAAUCAUCUGUUGUACAUGGAUGAUCUCAGACUGUUUGGGAAGACAGAAAAACAACUCGACACCCUGAUGAAUACUGUAAGAAUCUUCAGUGAUGAUAUCAGGAAGGAAUUUGGUAUCAAGAAGUGUAGAGUACUUGCGAUGAAAAAAAGCCGCCAUCACAAAAGUGAUGGCAUAAAAUUAACAUCGGCAGACAAAAUCAAAGAGAUCGACAUCGAGGAAAGAUACAAGUACCUAGGAGUGCUUGAAGCAGAUGGUAUAAAGGAUAAGAUCAUGAAAGAGAAUGUUCGAAAAGAGUACAUCAGACGGGUAAAAAAGACUGUUUUGACCAACAAAAAGAGUAAAUUUCUAGAGAAGAAACUUCACAGUGUAUUCUUCAAAGCAACCGAAUUCAGAGGCGUGAAGAGUUGGGAGUGGUUGAGGAAGGGUGAUUUGAAGAAGGCAACAGAGGGGACACUGAUGGCUGGUCAAGAACAGGCUAUCAAGGACAAGAUCAAUACAACACCGAAUUGA